AUGCUUUCAUUCACCCAUAUAUAUUCUACUCUCUCAUAUAGUCAUAUAUCUUUGACUCUUUUAUACACAUAUAUCUUCUACUCUAGUCACUCAUCCAUAUCUCUUUCUAUCCUGUCGCUCAUCCAUAUCUCUUUCUAUCCUGUCGCUCAUCCAUAUCUAUAUCUAUCCUGUCACGCGUCUAUAUCUCUUUCUAUCCUGUCAUUUAUCCAUAUCUCUUUCUAUCCUGUCAUUCAUCCAUAUCUCUUUCUAUCCUCAUUCAUCCAUAUCUCUUUCUAUCCUGUUGCUCAUCCACAUCUCUUUCUAUCCUGUCGUUCAUCCACAUCUCUUUCUAUCCUGUCACUCAUCCAUAUCUCAUUCUAUCCUGUCACUCAUCCACAUCUCUUUCUAUCCUGUCGUUCAUCCACAUCUCUUUCUAUCCUGUCACUCAUCCAUAUCUCAUUCUAUCCUGUCAUUCAUCCAUAUCUCUUUCUAUCCUGUCGCUCAUCCACAUCUCUUUCUAUCCUGUCGCUCAUCCACAUCUCUUUCUAUCCUGUCCUUCAUCCAUAUCUCUUUCUAUCCUGUUGCUCAUCCAUAUCUCUUUCUAUCCUGUUGCUCAUCCAUAUCUCUUUCUAUCCUGUUGCUCAUCCAUAUCUCUUUCUCUCCUGUCAUUCAUCCAUAUUUCUUUCUCUCCUGUUAUUCAUCCAUAUUUCUUUCUAUCCUCUCACUCAUCCAUAUUUCUUACUAUCCUGUCAUUCAUCCAUAUCUCUUUCUAUCCUGUCAUUCAUCCAUAUCUCUUUCUAUCCUGUUGCUCAUCCACAUCUCUUUCUAUCCUGUCACUCAUCCACAUCUCUUUCUAUCCUGUCACUCAUCCAUAUUUCUUUCUAUCCUGUCGCUCAUCCAUAUAUCACUUUCUAUCCUGUCACUCAUCCAUAUUUCUUUCUAUCCUGUCACUCAUCCAUGUCUCUUUCAUUCCUGUCAUUCAUCCAUAUCUCUUUCUAUCCUGUUGCUCAUCCAUAUCUCUUUCUCUCCUGUCAUUCAUCCAUAUUUCUUUCUAUCUUGUCACUCAUCCAUAUAUCUUUCUAUCCUGUCGCUCAUCCAUAUAUCACUUUCUAUCCUGUCGCUCAUCCAUAUCUCUUUCUAUCCUGUCACUCAUCCAUAUCUCUUUCUAUCCUGUCACUCAUCCAUAUCUCUUUCUAUCCUGUCAUUCAUCCAUAUCUCUUUCUAUCCUGUUGCUCAUCCAUAUCUCUUUCUCUCCUGUCAUUCAUCCAUAUUUCUUUCUAUCUUGUCACUCAUCCAUAUUUCUUUCUAUCCUGUCGCUCAUCCAUAUCUCUUUCUAUCCUGUCGCUCAUCCACAUCUCUUUCUAUCCUGUCACUCAUCCAUAUUUCUUUCUAUCUUGUCACUCAUCCAUAUUUCUUUCUAUCCUGUCGCUCAUCCAUAUCUCUUUCUAUCCUGUCAUUUAUCCAUAUUUCUUUCUAUCCUGUCACUCAUCCAUAUCUCAUUCUAUCCUGUCAUUCAUCCAUAUCUCUUUCUAUCCUGUUGCUCAUCCAUAUCUCUUUCUAUCCUGUUGCUCAUCCAUAUCUCUUUUUCUCCUGUCAUUCAUCCAUAUUUCUUUCUUUCCUGUUAUUCAUCCAUAUUUCUUUCUAUCCUCUCACUCAUCCAUAUUUCUUACUAUCCUGUCAUUCAUCCAUAUCUUCUUUCUAUCCUGUCAUUCAUCCAUAUCUCUUUCUAUCCUGUUGCUCAUCCACAUCUCUUUCAUCCUGUCACCAUCCAUAUUUUUUUUCUGUCUUGUCACUCAUCCAUAUUUCUUUCUAUCCUGUCACUCAUCCAUAUAUCUUUCUAUCCUGUCACUCAUCCAUAUUUCUUUCUAUCCUGUCACUCAUCCAUGUCUCUUUCAUUCCUGUCAUUCAUCCAUAUCUUUUCUAUCCUGUUGCUCAUCCAUAUCUCUUUUCUCUCCUGUCAUUCAUCCAUAUUUCUUUCUAUCUUGUCACUCAUCCAUAUUUCUUUCUAUCCUGUCGCUCAUCCAUAUAUCACUUUCUAUCCUGUCGCUCAUCCAUAUCUCUUUCUAUCCUGUCACUCAUCCAUAUCUCUUUCUAUCCUGUCACUCAUCCAUAUCUCUUUCUAUCCUGUCAUUCAUCCAUAUCUCUUUCUAUCCUGUUGCUCAUCCAUAUCUCUUUCUCUCCUGUCAUUCAUCCAUAUCUCUUUCUAUCCUGUCACUCAUCCAUAUUUCUUUCUAUCCUGUCGCUCAUCCACAUCUCUUUCUAUCCUGUCGCUCAUCCACAUCUCUUUCUAUCCUGUCACUCAUCCAUAUUUCUUUCUAUCUUGUCACUCAUCCAUAUUUCUUUCUAUCCUGUCGCUCAUCCAUAUAUCUUUCUAUCCUGUCACUCAUCCAUAUUUCUUUCUAUCCUGUCACUCAUCCAUAUCUCUUUCUAUCCUGUCACUUCAUCCAUAUUUCUUUCUAUCCUGUCAAUCAUCCAUAUCUCUUUCUAUCCUGUUGCUCAUCCAUAUCUCUUUCUCUCCUGUCAUUCAUCCAUAUUUCUUUCUAUCCUGUCACUCAUCCAUAUUUCUUUCUAUCCUGUCGCUCAUCCACAUCUCUUUCUAUCCUGUUGCUCAUCCACAUCUCUUUCUAUCCUGUCACUCAUCCAUAUUUCUUUCUAUCCUGUCACUCAUCCAUAUUUCUUUCUAUCCUGUCGCUCAUCCAUAUUUCUUUCUAUCCUGUCACUCAUCCAUAUCUCUUUCUAUCCUGUCGCUCAUCCAUAUCUCUUUCUAUCCUGUCGCUCAUCCAUAUCUCUUUCUCUCCUGUCAUUCAUCCAUAUUUCUUUCUAUCCUGUCACUCAUCCAUAUUUCUUUCUAUCCUGUCGCUCAUCCAUAUAUCUCUUUCUAUCCUGUCGCUCAUCCAUAUAUCUCUUUCUAUCCUGUCACUCAUCCAUAUUUCUUUCUAUCCUGUCACUUAUCCAUAUCUCUUUCUAUCCUGUCAUUCAUCCAUAUUUCUUUCUAUCCUGUCGCUCAUCCACAUCUCUUUCUAUCCUGUCACUCAUCCACAUCUCUUUCUAUCCUGUCGCUCAUCCACAUCUCUUUCUAUCCUGUCACUCAUCCAAAUAUCUCUUUCUAUCCUGUCACUCAUCCAAAUAUCUCUUUCUAUCCUGUCGCUCAUCCAUAUCUCUUUCUAUCCUGUCGCUCAUCCAUAUCUCUUUCUAUUCUGUCACUCAUCCACAUCUCUUUCUAUCCUGUCACUCAUCCAUAUUUCUUUCUAUCCUGUCGCUCAUCCAUAUUUCUUUCUAUCCUCUCGCUCACCCAUAUUUCUUUCUAUCCUGUCGCUCAUCCACAUCUCUUUCUAUCCUGUCGCUCAUCCACAUCUCUUUCUAUCCUGUCAUUCAUCCACAUCUCUUUCUAUCCUGUCGCUCAUCCAUAUAUCUCUUUCUAUCCUGUCACUCAUCCACAUCUCUUUCUAUCCUGUCACUCAUCCACAUCUCUUUCUAUCCUGUCAUUCAUCCAUAUUUCUUUCUAUCCUGUCACUCAUCCAUGUUUCUUUCUAUCCUGUCGCUCAUGCACAUCUCUUUCUAUCCUGUCGCUCAUCCACAUCUCUUUCUAUCCUGUCACUCAUCCAUAUUUCUUUCUAUCCUGUCGCUCAUCCAUAUAUCUCUUUCUAUCCUGUCACUCAUCCACAUCUCUUUCUAUACUGUCACUCAUCCAUAUCUCUUUCUAUCCUGUCGCUCACCCAUAUUUCUUUCUAUCCUGUCAUUCAUCCAUAUUUCUUUCUAUCCUGUCAUUCAUCCAUAUCUCUUUCUCUCCUGUUAUUCAUCCAUAUUUCUUUCUAUCCUGUCGCUCAUCCAUAUUUCUUUCUAUCCUGUCGCUCAUCCACAUCUCUUUCUAUCCUGUUACUCAUCCAUAUCUCUUUCUAUCCUGUCACUCAUCCAUAUUUCUUUCUAUCCUGUCACUCAUCCAUAUCUCUUUCUCUCCUGUCAUUCAUCCAUAUUUCUUUCUAUCCUGUCACUCAUCCAUAUUUCUUUCUAUCCUGUCACUCAUCCAUAUUUCUUUCUAUCCUGUCACUCAUCCAUAUCUCUUUCUAUCCUGUCGCUCAUCCACAUCUCUUUCUAUCCUGUCGCUCAUCCACAUCUCUUUCUAUCCUGUCGCUCAUCCACAUCUCUUUCUAUCCUGUCGCUCAUCCACAUCUCUUUCUAUCCUGUCGCUCAUCCACAUCUCUUUCUAUCCUGUCGCCAUCCACAUCUCUUUCUAUCCUGUCGCUCAUCCACAUCUCUUUCUAUCCUGUCGCUCAUCCACAUCUCUUUCUAUCCUGUCGCUCACUCAUGCAUCUUUCUAUCCUCACACUUACAUCUUCCUACUCUGUCUCUCACACCCUUGCAUCUUUCUCCUCUCUCUCUCACACCCUUGCAUCUUUCUCCUCUCUCUCUCACACCCUUGCAUCUUUCUCCUCUCUCUCUCUCUCACACCCUUGCAUCUUUCUCCUCUCUCUCUCACACCCUUGCAUCUUUCUCCUCUCUCUCUCACACCCUUGCAUCUUUCUCCUCUCUCACACCUUUGCAUCUUUCUCUCUCUCUCUCUCUCUCACACUUUGCAUCUUUCUCCUCUCUCACACCCUUGCAUCUUUCUCCUCUCUCACACCUUUGCAUCUUUCUCCUCUCUCACACCUUUGCAUCUUUCUCCUCUCUCACACCUUUGCAUCUUUCUCCUCUCUCACACCUUUGCAUCUUUCUACCCUCUCACACCUUUGCAUCUUUCUACCCUCUCACACCUUUGCAUCUUUCUACCCUCUCACACCUUUGCAUCUUUCUACCCUCUCACACCUUUGCAUCUUUCUCCUCUCUCUCUCACAUGCUUGCAUCUUUCUCCUCUCUCUCUCUCACAUGCUUGCCUCUUUCUCCUCCCUCUCUCACACCCUUGCCUCUUUCUCCUCCCUUCUCUCUCACGCUUUGCCUUUUCUUCCUCCUCUCUCACCCCCUUUACUCUUUCUCCUCUCUCACACCUCUUCCCUCUUCUCUCCCUCUCUUCCCCUUGCAUCUUUCUUAGCUCUUCCUCCUUGCUGUUUUUCUUCUUUCUCUCUUCCCUCUUUUUCUCUUUCCCUCUUCUUUCCUUCCCUCUUCUUCUUCUUACUCUCUUCCCCUUGCCUCAUUCUUCUUCCUCUCUUCCUCUCGCCUUUUUCUUCUUUCUUCCUUCACCUCUUUUUUCUUACUCUCUUUUCCUUGCCCUUCUCUUCUUACUCUCUUCCCCUCACCUCUUUCUUCUUACUCUCUUCUCUUUACCACUUUUAUUAUCUACAUUUUGUCACACUCUCUGUCUUUUCUCUUCUCUUACUUGCUUUAGUUCACUGCUUUCAGUCUUUGAUCUUUCUCUCUACCUUUGAUCAGCUGUUCCCUCUCUCUUGUUUCUUCUAUUCAUUACAAACUAAAUCUUUUUCUGACUUCAUCUUUCUCUCUAUAUAUUUCCCUUUUAGUUCCUCCAUUACCAAUAUCUAUUCUAGUGACAAUUCUCAUGUUGUCACCUUCUCUUUGGCAGGAUUCUUCCUAUUUUACUGGUUUCCAUCAUUAAAGCCAUGGUUCCGUGCAAAAUUCAAUCUUCUCUCACUUAACCAUACAUGUAUCUUGUAG